AUGAAAUCGAUGGAGAAGACUCAAAAACUCCCUACGAUCAAUCAAGUUGCUUCUUCCGCAAGAAAAGGAAUCAAACGAAGAAGAAGAGAGUUUGAGAAAAUUCAUAUACCUAACGAUAUCGUCGAAGAUAUCAUGAUAAGGCUUCCGGUGAAAUCGCUCAUGAGAUUCCAAGCUGUGUCAAAACACUGGAGAUCUCUGAUCACGUCCAAAGAUUUCCGAGAAAGAUACAUGGAUCUAGGGCAAAGCAAAGAGUGCAAACUUCUUAUUGUCUCUGAUUAUGUUAAAGAUUAUGCGGCACGGGAAGCCAAUUUCUCUUUAAAAACAGUUGCCUUGGGGACGACGCCAGCUUCUGUGGUAGAUGAAACGGCUUUGAAAUUUGAGAUAGGUACAUGGAAACUCUAUAUAUCCCAGAGCUGCGAUGGCCUUGUCUGCUUGUACGAUAUAAACAUAGCAGUAAAAGUGGUGAAUCCGGCCACAAAAAUGUAUAUAGAACUUCCCUUAUCGAGAAUUCAACAGAUUUGUAUGAAUAAACAUGAUCCGGAUUCAUCAGUUCAAGAUCCACAUCAUGUUAAAUAUCCGGGACUGUCAUUUUCUCAGUUUGGGUUUGGGAAAGAUAACGUUACGGGAAAAUAUAAAUUAGUAUGGCUAUAUAAUACUUUCCCAUUUUUUACUACUACGUGUGAGGUUUUGGAUUUAGAAGUUAAAAAAUGGAGGUUCGUGGAUACUAAUAGUCUUGAUCAUCAUAAUAUCAUGAAUAAUAAUCUGUCCAAUGAUCAGGGGCCAGUGUUUGCAAACGGAUCACUCUAUUGGCUCACGGCAGAUGAAGAUGGAGAUCCAAUGCGAAAUACCAAAAUCAUAGUUUUUAAUAUACACACAGAGAUAUUUCAAGUCAUCCCAAUGCCACCUUUUAUUACCCGUGAUGCCUCUGGUGACUGUUGGAGUAAGCUUGAGUUAGCUUAA